CCCCAAAAAAGGGAUCGCCGCAUUCGGUACUAGGUGGAUGCAUUCUGAUCUGUGGGUCUUUGGUUUUAGACCCAGCUACCGUCUCUUCGUUGCCACAAGGCUGAUAAGAGAACAAUGACUGAGGAAUUGUACUCCGACCGCAAUAUCUGAGCCUAUAUAUUUAAAUUUUGGCCCUACAAGGAGUAUUGUAAUCAAUAUGAAGCAGCUCCAGAUCUCUCUUGCCGGCACUCAUGCACUGCAACUGGCUGAAACUCGUGUAUGUUUUCUACUGGCCUUCGGCUUGGGCUCUUUACAACCAGUCGACUGGUUUUCCCGAACAAGAUAUCGACAAUGGUGUUGCAUUGCAGCAGAUUGCCAUUGAUUCCCUGGGGAACAUGAAGCUUGAGUCUCUGGCAACCAAUGGCUGCCGCUUUGAGGACGCCCAAAUCCGCAAAGAAUGCUUGUCUCUAGCUGCAAGAAAAGAAUUCACCGAUGCUAUCGUCUGCUUGCAGAGUCAUCCUGCAAAUAUUUCGGCAGAAGAAAAGGAGACCUUUCAGGGAGUACAAACUCGGUAUGAUGAGUUCGUAGCUACCCAUAUAAAUCUAACGGAACACAUCCAUGUGACGGCUGAUUUUCUCGCCUGGCAUCGGUUCUUUCUUUAUGCAUUUGAAAAUGCGCUACGAUUUGAGUGCAACUAUACAGGCACUCUUCCCUACUGGGAAUGGGGACUUGAUGCGGAGAACCCCCAGAGCUCUGUCCUCUUCAAUGGUGACCCAUACAGUAUGGGGACUAAUGGGGUAGACUUGAACCGAACAAGCCUCUACUGGGAAUCUAAAAACUUGACCAUUCCAGCCGGGACUGGGGGUGGGUGCGUAUAUGGGGGUCCUUUCUCAAAUUACACAGUGCACAUGGGCCCUAUUGAUGCUCCUGGAGAGCAGCCAGUCCAAUACAACUUGGAGUAUAAUCCGCGCUGCUUAUCGCGAGAUGUGAACCCCACCAUCUCACAAAUCUCAAUCUCCUUCCGCAACACUACGAAACUGAUCCUCUCGUACGAUACGAUUGAUUGGUUCCAAGGCGUCAUGCAAGCAGACCAACGCUUCACUGAUCCCACUGCUCCUUUCACUUACGGGGUUCAUGGUGGAGGACAUCUCACUGUUGGAAGCGUCUUGGCAGACAUUGAUACCAGCCCGGCCGAGCCGAUGUUCUGGCUUCACCAUGCACAGAUCGACCGUGUCUGGACAAUCUGGCAAGGACUAGAUCCGGCGAAGAGAAGAAACGCGAUCUGGGGCACUUCAACCCGAGGCGAUAACCCGCCUUCUGCAAACAUGACGUUAGACGAUGUGCUUGAUUUUGGGUUUAUUUCUCAACCGCUGAAGUUUGCCGAUCUGAUGAACCCUCUGUCUGGACCGUUCUGCUACUACUACGCAUAGCAGAUAAAGUUUUGAAUUUUUGGAUCUUGGAAAUCUCGGUUCCUAACAGUUUCGCCUAUCCGAGAAGAUCAAGUACAAAUAAUGUAAUCAAUUACUAGGUGACAUGUAACGCCGACAGAAGUUAAUUCUAUCAUCUUCGCUUGGCAAGAAAACCGGGAUAAGUCAUUGAUGGAUUAAGCCGAUCGGCCUGAAGUCAACUCAAC